CUGACAGUAUUGUUUAUCUGUAAGUACACACACAUCCAUGGGAAUGUCCAACCUCACAAGACUCUCUGAAUUCAUCCUAUUGGGACUCUCUUCUCACCCAGAGGAACAAAAACCACUCUUUGUCCUCUUUCUUAUCAUGUACCUGGUCACCUUGAUGGGAAAUCUGCUCAUCAUCUUGGCUAUCCGCUCUGAUCCUCAACUCCAAAACCCCAUGUAUUUCUUCCUAAGUGUCUUGUCCUUUACUGAUAUUUGCUACACAACAGUUAUAGUCCCCAAGAUGUUGCUGAACUUCCUAUCAGAGACAAAGACCAUUUCCUACAAUGAAUGCCUGGCACAGAUGUAUUUCUUCCUGGCCUUUGGAAACAUGGACAGUUAUCUCCUGGCAGCUAUGGCCAUUGACCGCUAUGUAGCCAUUUGUAACCCUUUCCACUAUGUCACUGUUAUGAACCACAGACGCUGUGUGCUGCUACUGGCUGCCCUCACAGAUUUCUCCUACCUUCACUCCCUCCUGCAUGUCCUCCUGGUCAGUCGGCUCACCUUCUGUGCAUCAAAUAUUAUCCAUCACUUCUUCUGUGAUGUGAACCCCGUUCUGAAGCUGGCCUGCUCGUCUACAUCUGUCAAUAGAGUUGUUGCCAUGACAGAAGGGCUGGCCUCUGUGAUGGCCCCAUUUGGCUGCAUUGUCAUCUCUUACCUGAGAAUCCUCAUUGCUGUCCUCAAAAUCCCCUCAGCUUCUGGAAAAUGCAAAGCCUUCUCCACCUGCAGCUCCCAUCUCACUGUGGUGACUCUGUUUUAUGGGAGUAUUAGUUAUGUGUAUUUCCAGCCAUUGUCCAGCUACUCUGUCAAGGACCGAAUAGCAACAGUCAUCUACACUGUGCUGACAUCAAUGCUGAACCCAUUUAUCUACAGUUUAAGAAAUAAAGACAUGAAACAGGGCUUGGAAAAACUGAUAAGCAGGAUUAAGUCUCAUAUGGAUAGUCUUUCCACUGCUAACUCCAUGAAAAUUUGUGGACCCUGAUUACAAAGUGUGG